UCACGUUUCUCGAGAAGUAAACGUGAAGGGGAAAUGCAAUGCACAAGCUCCGCGGUCGUGCCAUGUCUCGAGCAUGGCUGCACCCCACCGUGCUGUUGUGCUUGUAUGGCUUCUGUUGCAACUUCAGGCCGUCGGAACCGUUCCUCACCGCCUUCCUGAUGGGGCCGGACAAAAACCUCACGGACACGGAGGUUGUGAAUGAGAUUUAUCCAGUAUGGACGUACUCCUACCUAAUCUUGCUGCUUCCCGUGUUCCUGGCCACGGACUACCUCUGCUACAAGCCUGUACUCAUCCUGCAGGCGGUCAGCUUUGUUGUGACCUACUCCAUCCUCAUGAAAGGGCAGGGCGUUCUCGUCAUGCAGCUCCUGGAGGUCUGCUUCGGUGUAGCCACAGCCACUGAUGUGGCGUACUACGCUUACAUCUACAGCGUGGUGGAGAGGGGCUGUUACCAGCGGGUGACCGGUCUCUGCCGCAGCGCUGCGCUCUUGGGCUCGGCCAUGGGCUCGCUCGUCGGCCAAUUCCUCGUGUCCGUGGGUCACGUCCCUCUUCUUUACCUCGUGGUCGUGACCCUGGCCACCUCUUGCGUAGCCUUCCUGGCCCCCUGGUUCCUGCCCAUGCCGAGCAGGAGUCUGUUCUUCCACGAGGGGAGUGUUCCCCAGGACCAGCCAUGCCCGGAUCCUGCCGUCUGCACCAGGCUUGUCGAGAAGGGGACGACGGGCCUGAACGUAGAAAUGCACGAGCAUAGGAAUCUGAAACAGGUGCUGAAGUCUCUCUGGGCAGAUUUUGUGCAGUGCUUCUCACGACGCCCUCUCCUGGCGUGGUCGGUGUGGUGGGCUCUCUCGACCUGCGGCUACUUCCAAGUUAUCAAUUAUGCUCAAGUUCUCUGGGAGAAAAUCCUUCCUUCGAAGGAAUUUGAGAUCUACAAUGGUUAUGUUGAGACCAUAUCUACUUUGCUUGGUGCUCUGGCUGCAUUUGGGGUCAGUUUCGUGAGGGUGUCCUGGGCGGUGUGGGGUGAACUAGCACUCUGCAUGUUCUCUGUAGUCAUCGCCGUGGCUGUCUACCUCAUGCACGCGGUCAGGAACAUCUGGGUGUGCUAUUCAUCCUACGUGCUCUUCAGAGCCACCUACAUGCUGCUCGUCACCAUAGCGACGUACCAGAUUGCCGCCAACCUGAGCAUGAGAAGGUACGCCUUGGUGUUUGGGGUGAACACCUUCAUUGCUCUACUGCUGCAGACGUUGCUUACCGUGAUCGUGGUGGACUCUGCCGGCUUGGGUCUGGACAUUUUCCCCCAGUUUCUGAUCUACAGCAGUUACUUUGCAGCGAUCGCCUUCGUCUUCCUCCUCGCUGGGGUGUUUAAAGUGGCCCGAUGCUGCAGGCCCGGUGGGGCGCAGAGAUAGGAUGUGAGCGAGGAGAGUGAAACGGACUCCACUGCAGGACUUCUAUACACUACCGAGGGGGUGGCAGUAGCGGAGAGGCAUGAACACGAGACCCUAUCCACGACUGCGGUGUUGAGCGUGAAAGUGAAGUUGAUUAGUGUGUGUGUGUGUGUGUGUGUGUAUGUAUGUGUGUGUGUGUGUGUAUAUAUAUAAUAUAGAUAUUUAUUGAGGGCAGUAAGAGAAAAGAUUGAUGGAACAAAAUGACCACAUUCUAACGCACAAAGAAAUUGACCAAAACGUGUUUUUGAAUGAAUGUCUCACACAUGAAGACGAGGUUGUUAAUUAAUGUUUCUACGUUUUUAAGCACACACUAAGCGACUAAUAUGCACUGGUAAAAUAUAGACUGAACAUGCAGACAGGUCAAGCCGUAAUGAGCCUUCCAGUUUAAGAUAAGUUCUAGUUUGUACAAAUGCUGGUUUUUAUUGUUGCACGUCAGUAGGUUCCGAACCUGUCCACUGUAUGUAGACAUGUUUGGUCUCCUUUUUGCUAUUGUCUGGCACGCAUGGUGUUGGAGAACAAUUAUCUCUCGUUGAGACAAGACUUCUGCUGUUGGAAUUUUUCUUUUGGAAUUUUUUUUCUUUGAGAAUAUAGGCUGUUGGGUUGUGGCAGGGAUGGCGUGCAUGUUCUCCUAGAUGCCAAUCAGCUCCUGACAAUCCUGUUUGGGCACUGCGGGAGAGGAGGCUGUACUCUGAUUGGGCACUGGGGGCCGUUGGCAAAUGGGCAAUGCCUAUCAUCUCAUAAGGAGAACUGUUGCAUUGCAUCAUGUUAGUGUUUAGUGAGGAUUAAUUGACAACAGAAUAAUUCAGAUAUUUGUGUUGAAGAAACUUUGCCUUGUAUAUUGGUCUUCAGUCACCGUUUAACACAAGAAUUUUCAGUGUUUGUCUCUUCACCUUUUUUCUUCCACCUUCAUGUAAAUGUGAUUUGUGCCCAAACAAAGCUUGUUUGGGUCUGUUGUCUUGUGUGGGUGGGUGUGUGAGUGUGUGGGUGUGUGUGUGAGUGGGUGGGUUGGUGGGUUGGUGUGUCAGUGGGGGCCUGUUACUAUUGCUGGGUUAGAAGCACUGAUGGAAAUACAAGCCCCAGGCUGGAGGUCUUAGUUUGGCCUUUAGCAGUGCCACAGUAGUUGACCAGAUUAGUCGGCUUUGCUAGUCUCUACAUAAUUAGCACUUCUGUGGGCUUUGACAUGACACGCACAACGUACACAGGCUUUAGAGAUGCUCAGAAACACAAGAAUUGGUUUUAAAUGCAACAUUACAAUUAGGUUCGGAAAGGACAAACUAAUUUCUUGCUUAGUCCUGUAACUAGCAACUUAAUUGUAUGAAUUAAUGUUGUACAUUUAGUUUACAUUUUCAAUUGAUUUUCAGCAAUGUGUAUAAUUCAUCAUUUUGUAGUGUUUUAUUUUUAAUAUAAAUAAAAUUUGUGAAAAUAGGGUAAAUUGCAGUUGUCAACAUAAAUUUAUUCCGCAUUAUCUAUCAUUUUGCCUGUCUACUGUACUUGAGGAAUAUGGAAUUUUAUGCCACUACAAAUUACUUUUUUUUUUAACUGCUCCAUGUGUUCUAAUUUAUCCAUAAAACUGUUAUCCUAAAACUGUUGGCCAGUUUAACCAAUUGAGUUUGUAAAAUUAGGCACAUCGGAGAACGAUUAGGCUUGUCUAAGUACUAAUGCACUAAUAAAAUGCAACAGUA